UUUUUUGUAUCCCAUUUCAGGAGAGUGCUGUCGAAUAUUGAGCAUACACUUUUGCGGCGACAGCAUGAGAACAAAGAAACCGGGUGUUUCUGAGGCCAUCAGAAGUCCAAUGUUGGUUCCCGGACGGACAGGAAAAGGCAAGAAAGCGAGAUCUUCGUCUAAUCGGAAAUUACCUCAAAACGAAGAAAAUGUUUGGGGUAGUCAUUUAUCACGUGCUGAAGAAGCGAAACGUUUGAGUUUGGAUCAAGCUGUGUCUUCUGCCAAGGAAAAUCAACUGAAAGCCCCGCUGUUCCGCAUGAAUGCAGCCGCGAAGUCAGAAUUCAUUCCCAACAGUUUAAAGAAGUUCAUUUCAUCAAAAUCUCAACCACUGUCAGUCACAGCGACUCUCACAACGAGAGAAGUCUCUAAAGCAGAAGAUGGAAUGGAGCCAAGCGCAAAUAAUUUUGAUGCCGACUCGGUCAUUCCCGGAGUUAAGCUACGGAUAGCCGUCCCUUCGAACACUCGAGAACGAAAUUUAUUGAAGACAUUUUCCCCAAUUAAAAACUUGGACCCUAUCAAAUGUGAUCGCCUUGACACUCAGUUCCUCUCAGACAUUGCCAAUAACGAUGUCGAAUUCGCUCAUAGACAUAAUGCAUGGACCGAAGAUAGUGACGAUGCAGCUGAUGCCUCGGAAUGCUCGGAUGAAGAAGAUUACGAAAGUGACUGUGAAACAAUUCAAAACUCCUCCGAUUGCCUUAGGACCGACGAAGUGAAUACUGCUGACGGUGAUAUCAUUCCGGAUUUUGUACUUUCGACUUUGCAAGACUCAGAUAGUGAUGAAACAUCUUCCGAUAUGGACGACGACGUUGACAGUGAAACAUCGUUGUCAGAAAGGGAUGUUGGGUUUGUGUGUGCGCCUAGGAAAAGCGAAACCCGGCGGAAAAAGCGACCCAGACCAACCGUAGAUGUACCGGAAACAUCUGGUACGAAGUUUGCGAAGAUCUCAAAGGAUAAUAACUUCGUUCGAUUGAAUCUCCGCAAUAAAUGUGCAACACGUGGAGUUAGUGCGCGCUCGAAGACGAAAAUGAAAAAGCAUAAAAUCGAAAAGCGAUUUUUUCGACGCAUUGCCAGUCUUGGUGCUAACUCGGAACAAACUUCCUCAUGUUCUUCGUCCAAUGCGACUGGAUCUUCGGAGGCAAAAGACAGUCCUAUGACCGCUGAGAAUGAACCCCCGAAAAGACGAGGUCGAUGCUUCACUUGUGGUAAAACUGGCCAUUGGGCGUAUGAGUGUCCGGUAAAAACAACCAUAGAGCCGAUUGAUGGAACUUCGACUUGCAAGGUUAUCGAGUCGAAAAUGAAAGUGAAAAUAUUGUCGAGGAAUCCUAUGAACUACAUUCGUGAAAGCAAGCAGGAUCUCCAUAGAAUCGAGCGAAAUUUCGAUCCCAGUUUACACCCGCUGGAGGCCGGGCGCGAGUACGUCAGAGCGCUCAACGCCACUAAACUAGAACGAGUUUUUGCCAAACCGUUCAUUGGCUGCUUCGACGGACACCAAGACAGUGUGACCGCCAUUCUACCUUCUCCGAAUCGGUUGUCUUUGUUGUACACGGCCGCCGCGGACGGAGAAAUCCGGGCUUGGCGAGCCACCACUCGUCAAUGCGUUCGAAUCCGGCGCCACGGACAACAGGGUGACUCGUGCGUCCGUGGGAUUUGUUUUAGUCGUGAUGCCGAGUCGUUGCUGUCGGUCGGUGCUGAUGGUGUGAUAAAUCGCUGGGAUGUAAAAAAGGAUGAUUUCAUCGUUGACGACGAGAAUGAAGAAGAAGACGAAACGCCAGUGGAAACCAUCAUGACGAAGUCUAUGUUGUAUGGUGUAUCACAUCAUGCAAAAGACAAUGUUUUCGCCACUUGCGGGAAUAACUGCUCUAUUUGGGAAGAAAGUCGGUCUGCUCCGGUGAAAUCUUUCACCUGGGGUGUCGAUUCAACACACACGGUUUCGUUCAAUCAAGUGGAAACUAGUUUACUUGCUGCGUGUGCGAGUGACCGAAGCAUAAUUUUGUACGACACCCGAGAAUCAGUUCCUUUGAGACGAGUAGUGAUGAAGUUGAAGUGCAACAACUUGGCAUGGAAUCCCAUGGAGCCUUCGAUUUUCACCGUCGCUAAUGAAGAUUACAAUUUAUACACUUUCGAUAUGCGGAACCUGCAGCAGCCGCUCAACGUGCACAAAGAUUUCACGGCAGCCGUCAUGGACGUCGCUUAUUCUCCGACCGGCCAGGAAUUCGUCGCCGGAAGUCAAGACAAAACCAUCCGGGUGUUCCCUGUAGCCCGAGGGCAUUCCCGCGAGAUUUACCACACGAAACGGAUGCAAAGAGUCACUAGCGUCGCGUGGUCAAAGGACGCGAGAUUUUUAUUCUCGGGGUCCGACGAAAUGAAUGUGAGAAUGUGGAAAGCCCGGGCGGCGGAGCAGAUGGGCGCGAGGCGGCCUCGCCAAGAAGCCGCCGCGGAUUACGCGGAGGCGCUGAGGGAAAAGUUUGCUGCGCAUCCGGAAAUAAAACGGAUUGCGAGGCACAGACAAGUGCCGAACCAUGUGAAGAACGCGAGGAAGGAGCUCAGGGAUUCUGUGACCUCGAAGAAGCGGAAGGAAGCCAACUUGCGUGCAAAUUCGAAGAAAGGAACCGUGCCCCACGUAUCAGAGAGGAGAAAGCCGGUUUACGAGGAGGUGGGUUGCCUUGUGAUGGGGAAACGUCAGCGGGCUGCCAAGCGUCGAUACCAUUCUGUGGAUAUUGAUAACUUCGACGAAAGUUCCGAACCCCUCGUCAAGAGGGUAUGUCCAGAAGUCAAGAUUUUUGUGGCGGAGCCGAUGAGAGACAAACCUGUCACUGACAUAUCUGGAAUCGGUGAUACCCUCGGCCGCAAACUUGCCCUGAACGGGUUUGAUAAGGCCUACGUUCUGCUUGGCCAAUACUUAGUUCUGAAGAAGAACCGACACCUGUUCGUGAAGUGGUUGCGUGACGAGUUCAACGCUCCGGUGAAUUGCGCCGUCGAUUGUUACACUUGUCUGGCAGAGUGGUGCAACGCUUACCUGUGA